AAAAAAAACCUAAAAACACUCUUCGCUGCUUUGCUUCGCCGCUCUCCCCUAGCCCUCUUCACCGAAGUUUACUAGACGCAUUUCACACCGAUCUUUUCCUCCUUCCCCAGAUCUCAGCCAUGGCCGUGCAAGACAGCACAAGAUCUUCUUCGGAAGGAAAAUCAGGCGACGACGGCGAAGAUCUUUCCAUCUUCCAUGCCGAGAAUCUGCAGAACAACAUGAAAUCAAUCUAUUACAGUCGUACCUUCUUGUCAAUCAUGGGUGGAGUGGUUGCUGGAAUUUGGGGUUUUACAGGUUUAACGGGCUUUGUGUUUUACUUGUUAAUCAUGGCAAUUGCUUCGUUGGGACUUUUGGCUAAGGCCAAAUUCUCUGUCGGAAACUACUUUGAUUCUUGGAAUAGGAUUAUACUAGAUGGAUUCUUUGGUGGUCUCAUG